AUGGAGAUUGAGGACACAGCAACAAAGCGUGCCCGUGAAAGAGGCGGCAGCGGAUGCUCAGCUAGCGACGUGGACCGGCUGAGUGCUCUGCCGGACAGCCUGCUCCACACCAUCAUGUCGUUCCUGAAGGCGCGGCAGGCAGUGCAGACCUGCGUGCUGGCCACGCGCUGGCGGCACCUCUGGCGCUCCAUGCCGUGCCUCGACGUCGACCAUGACGAGUUCUGCAGGACUGGGGCGGCUUCUUCCAAAGACCGUGCCAAGCAGGAGUGGGAGGAUUUCGAGGAUUUCACCAGUAACCUGAUGCAUCGCUGCAACGUGGCUCUGCUGGAGUCCUUGAGCCUGCGUGUUACUCACAGCAGGGCACCUGGUUUUCGUCCCCAUAAACAAGCAAGUGGAUGGCUCCGACGUGCCAUGAAGUACUGCACCCCCGACCUUCCCCGUCAGCACGCUGAUGGACUGAGCUCCAGUUCAUGGCGCCUCAAGAGGCUGCAUCUCUGCAAUGUGGCUCUGGAUGCUCGUUUCGGGAACCAUGUCCGUUCGGCGUUCAGAUCAUUGGAGGAUUUGGAGCUGGAGGACUGCACGUGUGCGUUUCAAGCAAUCACCUCUGGCUCACUGAAGAGCUUGGUUCUGAAGAACUGCUGGUGGAACUAUCUCACUGAGAUCACAUCACCCACACUGAAGCGCUUAGUUGUCGCUGGUGGCUCGAAUAAUGCUCCCUGUGUUGUCGUGGCCCCCGCGAUUGCUCAUCUGUGCCUCGAUGUGCCUCUUUACUUUGCUAGAAGUAUUUCAGUGAAUCGGAUGCCAUCACUGCCAAGGCUUUGA